AUGAUGGAUUUUGAUGAGCGUGUUCCUUGUUCCUCUAACAUGUAUUUGCCAAGUUGUACUUACUACGUCUCGGGUCCUGAUUUUUCCAGCCUCCCUUCUUUUUUGCCCCAGACCCCGUCUUCUCGCCCUAUGACAUACUCCUACUCCUCCAACCUACCCCAGGUCCAACCUGUGAGAGAAGUUACCUUCAGGGAAUAUGCCAUUGAUCCCUCCAGUAAAUGGCACCCCAGGAACAAUCUGCCCCACUGCUACUCCGCAGAGGAGAUCAUGCACAGAGACUGCUUGCCUGCCACCAACACUGCUAGCAUGGGAGAGAUGUUCGGCAAAAACACAGCUAACGUCUACCACCCCAGCACCAACGUCUCCUCCAAUUUCUAUAGCACGGUGGGCAGGAACGGGGUCCUACCCCAGGCUUUCGACCAGUUUUUCGAGACAGCUUAUGGCACGGCGGAAAACCUGGCCUCGGCGGACUACCCAGUAGACAAGAGUGGCGAGAAGGCGCCCGCGGCCGCCGGGCCGGCGACGGCAACUUCAAGUUCGGAGGGCGGCUGCAGCAGGGCGGCGGCGACGGCGGCGGAGAAGGAGAGGAGGAGGCGGCCGGAGAGCAGCAGCAGCCCCGAGUCAUCUUCCGGCAACAAUGAGGAGAAAUCCGGCAGUUCCAGUGGACAACGUACCCGUAAAAAGAGAUGUCCAUAUACGAAAUAUCAGAUUAGAGAGUUAGAAAGGGAAUUCUUCUUCAGUGUCUACAUAAACAAAGAAAAACGCCUCCAGCUUUCCCGAAUGCUCAAUCUGACCGACCGCCAAGUGAAAAUAUGGUUUCAGAACAGAAGAAUGAAAGAAAAAAAAAUUAAUCGGGACCGAUUACAGUAUUACUCAGCUAAUCCACUACUUUAA